UUUUGCGACGGCGAUAAAGCAGCAGCUAAGCACGUUCCAUCAAAACCGGACGGGUUGGAGCGGCGGACCGGAAGUGCGCCCGGGAGAAAGUGGUCCGGCCGGGACGACAAAGGGCGGGCGGUCGGUCCUGGCGAGGUCGGCGGUUUGCGGCGGGGUUGGGGAAUGGAUGAGGAGGACACGAGAGAUUUCAGAGAGCCAUGUGAACGAUGUUCUGUGAUUAACUGGGCAAUUUCAGAUGAAGGCAAAUUCUUUUGCAAGUCCUGCCACAAUGUUAUUGAGAAAACAGCAGAUGCUCCCUGUGAGAUUUUUAUGCAAAAUGCAAGAGUGAACACUCUGUCCAAAGGACUAAAGAAGAGAAAUAAACUCGAUCAAGGCUGUGAAUGGUAUGUUUGUGAAGGCUUUCAGUACAUACUGAAUCAGCAAGCAAAGGCCUUGGUAGCCUUGGGCACAUCUCCACUGCUCAAAGAUGAAACUCUGUGUAAUAUUUGGCGGCGUUAUCUGCAAAAAUCCCAACAGGCCUACACAAACAAACCGAUUGAUGCCCCUCGCAGACAAAGGCUGGUUUCAGAGAUGGUUUCUGAUUCGUCAGAAUUGGCGUCUGACUUAGAUGUUUCAUGGUCUUCGCUGACAGAAAGUAAUUCUGAAGAUCAAGAUAGUAGUAUUCAAUUAACCAAAGAUGCAGUUGGAUCAGAGGAUGAAGCAACGUCUAUACGGUCAGGAUCUGUUGAUGGCAGUCUGUAUCGACGAACCGCUUACCGUAAAGGACUACUGAUGUCUAUGCCUUUGACACUGGCAUUUUGCUAUCUGGCACUACUGUGGCUUCGAGAAUCGAUCACUCUUGCAGACCUCCUACGGUUUGUUUCAGAACAACAGAUACCAUAUCUGAACGCCUUCCAGUAUUUUCCAGAAGAAAUGAAACUGUAUGGACCCGAUAUCCAUAUCUUUCAAGUACAGUCCAUUCCAUCCUAUGAAGAAAUUCAAGGGAAGGUGCAUCAACUUGCUGUGUUUCUGGAAAUGCCUCGAUUUCCUGAAAUAACUGAGAAAUGUUUUCUCCAUCCAGAUGUGCUUUGUAUCAAGCUCUUGAUGGAAGCUAACUUACCAGAGAACAUGCAUAUCUGGAUACGAAGAUUGGUGAAGAAAAUGGGUAUCGGAGAAGUGGACUUUCUGACUUAUCACCCAUUGUCUAGAAGAGCAAAAAUGGUCAAGUAUGAAGUUCAGGCUGCAGCAGUAAUUGUGGUUGCCCUGAAACUGCUGUUUGUUCUUAAUGAUAAACAUGAGUGGUUGCUAUCUAACAGAGCGAAAGAGAUAAACAAACAAAACCGUGAAGGCAUUAAAGUCUUUCAAUUCAAAAAAUGGUACACAGUAAUGAGAAACAGUUUGGACGAACGUGAAAAGGAAGCGGAAGACCAAGCAGCCAGGCAUUUGUGGAAAUGUGAAAAGCCAUUAUUCUUUUCUGUAAAAGACAAAUCGGUGAUCUACAAAAAAAAACGUAUGAUCCACAGUCUUAAGAAGCAAUUUGUUAGACUCGCUGGUUCCCAUCAAAUAAUGGAAAAGGAAAAACCUUCCAGUUUCAAAUUCAGUUGGAAUGAAGACAGCUUAGAGAGACUGUGCUUUCGUGAAGACAGCCUAAAAGCAUAUGAUUAUGAAAAAAGUAAAAGGAUCAGAACUGUCAAUGAUCGCUACUGGGUCAGUUGUCUAAAAAUUUGCCAAGAAAAAUACUGCGGACAUGUAACAAAGUCUGAAGAAAAGUAUUUUCCAGGAAGUUAUCUGUUCGUCCUACAAUUGUUCUCCUUCCUGCUUGGAGUGGAAUUCUCCAUGUUACAUUUGGAGGUGUGUCAGUUGGAACAUAGACUCUUUAAUUUACGAGAAGAAUUGAAGCCAAGAAGAAAAUGUAAGAAAACUAAAUCAUAAUGGGUUCUACAAGGAGAGAAGAUGACAUGGCACAAACAACACUGGAAUCUGAAAUUGAUACUGUUUGACUGAUGCACUGUUUUCACUGUCGUUGUUCAACUUGUAUCAAAAUAAUUUUUAUAAAGCUGAUUUAAAAGUGUUGCUCUAGUUAUUCAAAUAAUAUUUACUCUAGGAGUAAAAAUAGGUAUUACCAAAUAUACCUUUUAUAAUGUGCAACAUCAACUUUAGUGAGGUUGUUUCAGUAAGAUUAUUUUAAAUUUGUUGUGUUUAGUGUUAGGGAAGUUUCUGUUACACUUAUUUUGGCUGUUUGGGGUAAGGAGCUCACAUUUCAAACCUGUUUUCCAAAGUGAAUUACAUCAUUACACAAUAUUAAUAGUCAUAAUGAAUAUGUCUUUAUGAAACCAGUCUGAUAAAAAUGCAUUGGUAUACAAAUUCUACUACAUUUUUUGUAUUUUUGUGCCAAGAUGGAAUAUUGAUGUUUGACUCAGUUACAUUAUGAAAGUGUUGACAUAAUUAUAUGUUGAAGAACUUAAUCUUUAAUAUUUAUAUUUGUUUGAUAGUAUAUUAUUUCAGUACUGCUGAAAAAGAUAUUUUGUUGAAGCUUUUCAUCUUGCACUCAUCAGCAUAAUGCACAAGAAUAUAUUAAAAAAAUGUGACAUGAAAGGAGAAUGCAAAUUAAUUGGCAAGUGAACUUUGGUAGUGGUGUUACCUUGAAGAAUGCAUCAACUGCUGCUGAUUGACAGUUCACUGCCAGGCUUUGUUCAACUCUUAAAAUGAGCAUGUUGACUCAUAUUUGUCAAUCAGCAGCAGUUGACAAUCACAAAUGAGUUGAAACAAGUGGGGUGGCUCAGUGGUUAGCACUGCUGUCCCACAGCACCAGGGUCCUAGGUUUGAUUCCAGCCUCGGGCAAUUGUCUGUGUGGAGUUUGCACGUUCUCCCCAUGCCUGCAUGGGUUUCCUCUGGGUGCUCCAGUUUCCUCCCACAGACCAAAGAUGUGCAGGUUAGGUGAAUCGGCCAUGCUAAAUUGCCCGUAGUGUUAGGUGCAUUAGUCAGGGGUAAAUGCAGGGGUAGCUCUUCAGAAGGUCGGUGUGGACUUGUUGGGCUGAAUGGCCUGUUUCCACACUGUAGAGAAUCUAAUCUAAUGAAGUGAACUGUUCUGUUGGAUGCAAAACAAAAAUUUCAAGUGUCAUUUUUUCAGCAAUACUUAAAUAUUUCUGUGAAAUAUAAUAGUGGAAUUUAUUUAGUAAAGUUAUUGAUUUUAUAACACUUCAACUGAGCUAUGUUUUUCUCAUUGCUGGCUUUGACAUUAGCUAUUUUAAACAUUGAUUUCAAUUGCUGUCUUGUAUCAAGUCUCUAACAAUUCUAUCACCUUUUCUAGUCGCCCUCUGAUCAAUACUGUUAAACAUUUCAAAAGAUUAUUUUAAACUAAUAUCAUUCAAGGAAGGAGAAGGGAAGGGAAGGGACAGGUGGACGAACCACUCAAUGACAAACUUAUUUUGGUUUUUAAAUAGAUGCCCUUAUCAAAUACGAGGCUUUGAAUUAAUCUGAAGUGGAGUGGAACUUCAUUUAUCUUGGGCACCACCUUCCGUUUCUUGUGGUAGUCGAUGCAAAUUUUUCAGUGAUAUAUUCGGAAAGGAGAUAGGAGUUGGCUAUUCGCCCCUCCAUGUCCGUUCUGUCACUUAAUGAACCAUGUUAAAUAUAUUUUAACUUUUCAUUGAAUUAUUCUAUUUCAUAACCAGGGGGUUGUAUUUUUAGAAUUGACCAUGAAUGUGCAAAAAUUGAAUGACUAAUAUCUCAAUUUUUUAAAAUCCUGAUUCAUUUGUCUAUUAUCAUCUAUCUGCAAUCUAGCACUGUAUGCAAGCACUUCAUGUUUGUAAACAUCAAAUUUAACACAUCCCAUUCCUUACUACCUCAUUCCCUGAGACUGCCUUCUCAAUGGAUUAUGUAUCUGUUGAAAUCUGGCUGUGCAGUCUUCAUUUGUUGAUAAUUUCCCUGGAUUCAUUUUGGAUUGGUUUUGAUCAUUUCUUUUUAAUCCCUACAGCAUGGGAGCAGGCCAUUCACCCCAACAAGUCCACUUGCUCUCUGGGGAGCAACCCACCCAGACAACCCCUACCCCAAUGUGCUGCAUUUCCCAUGGCCAAUCCACCGAACCUACACAUCUUUGUUCUGUGGGAGAAAACUGGAGUGCUCAGUGGAAACCCGCACAAACAUGGGGAGAAGGUGCAAACCCCUUGCCAACGGUCACCCAAGGCUCGGAUUGAACCUGGGUCCCUGGUGCUGUGAGGCAGCAGUGCUAACCACUGAGCCACCAUUGUACCCCAAGGUUUGAAUUUACCUUUUUGCUACUUUAUGUUUAACAAUUUCUGAUCUUAUUGUUCUACUUUAAUUUGAAGUAAGCAAGAUUUAUAUUGAUGUUUUAUGUUGUUCAGUUAAAUCAUCCCCUUAACCAACUCUCUGGUCUGUAGUGUUGAACUUUUUUUCCUCAUAUCUCAAAUCCUCCAAAUACUUGAAAUCAUUCUUGAUAUUCCUUGCACUUUGCAUAUUUUUGGUGUAUGAUGAUUAUAGCUGUGUGCACAUAUCUAGGAUCUGGUAAUGCAGUCUCACGAUAACCACGACAUAAUAGUAUUUUACAUUUCUGAUGUUUAGUUUUAAAUUGUUGCAGCAUUAUCUAAACCAGAGAUUUUUUUUUUACUGUACCGUUUUAGAAUUUCUUAUGGCAUGUUUUUCUUGCCCUCUUUCCUGUCACAAUAAACAAAACAUUGUGAUUGAGAGCCAGUAAAUAUAAAUCCCAAGAAUAUUAUAGAGGUUUAUAAAACCAUGAGGAGCAUGUAUAAGGUACACAGACAAGGUCUUUUCCCUGGAGUGGGAGAGACCAGAACUAGAGGGCAUAGGUUUAGGGUGAGAGAGGAAAGAUAUAAAAGAGACCUAAGGGGCAACUUUUUCACACAGAGGGUGUUGCCUGUGUGGAAUUGGCUGUCAGAGGAACUGGUGGAAGCUAGUACAAUUGCAACAUUUAAAAGGCAUCUGGAUAGGUAUAUGAAUAGGAAGGAUUUGGAGUAUAUCGGGCUAGGUGCUGGCAGGUGGGUCUAGAUUGGGUUGGGAAAUCUGGUUGGCAUGGACGAGUUGGGCUGAAGGGUCUGUUUCCAUUACUGUACAUCCCUAUGACUAUGACUCUAUAAGUCAAAAGGAUCAUGUUCUUUUUGCUGGCUCUACUUGGUUCCUCAGGAUCAAUAUUUUCAACUAUUUUUCAAAAAAUUCUUCAUUCAUUCAGAAUGAUUGAAUGAUAUGCUGAUAUUAGAUAUAUAGAACAUGUGCUGAUGUACCACGUAUAUAUUUGUGCCAAAGAAUUGCUGACUUAUGAGAGGUUUUAAAGAACUAAACCUGCUAGCAUACUGUAGCUUAAAACUAAAUGGGUGCCACUUGUCUAGAUACUGACCGCAGUCAGUGUUGCUCACAGCUCUAUUCAAAUUUUAUGGUGCAUUUAAAGAAUUUGUAUUGCACUGUCUAGCAUGUUUAUUUUCUCCAUUUUACAAUAUUUGAAUAUACAAAUAUUUAGCUUUUCUAGUUGUGUCAGUGUGGAUAUGAUCCAAAUUUUUAGUUGUUUUUGAAGUAGCUGCACAGAAAAUUCAUCUGUUUUAUAGUUUGGGAAUGCUUUUUAAUUAAAUCUUGUACUUUCAUUUCUCAGGUAGACGCAGUGCAGUUUCUAGUUACCACUGAAUGUUAAAAUAUGCAUUUUUGUUGCAAUUUAUUCUUUGUCCAGCUAUUUCACUAGUAUUGAUUAAAGAUUUUAUUGAUCUAUCCAGUCUUUGCAGCUGAUUGGUGCCUAUGGCUGCACCUCAGAGUCAUAGAGAUGUACAGCAUAAAAACAGACCCUUUGGUCCAACUCGUCCAUGCUGACCAGAUAUCCCAAAUAAAUCUAGUCCCAUUUGCCAGCAUUUGGUCCAUAUCCCCCUCAACCCUUCCUAUUCAUAUACCCACCCAGAUGCCUUUUAAAUAUUGUCAUUGUACCAGUCUCCACCACUUCCUCUGACAGCUCAUUCCAUAUACGCACCACCUUCUGCGUGAAAACGUUGCUCCUUAGGUCUCUUUCCCCUCUCACCCUAAACCUAUGCCCUCUAGUUUUGGACUCUGUCAUCCCAGGGAAAAUACCUUGUCUAUUUAACCUAUCCAUGCUCCUCAUGAUUUUAUAAACUUUAUAAGGUCAGCCAUCAGCCUCCAAAGCUCCAGAGAAAAUAGCCCCAGUCUAUUCAGCUUCUCCGUAUAACUCAUGUUGCUCACUGGCAACAUCCUUGUGAAUCUUUUCUGAACCCUUUCAAGUUUUACAACAUUCUUCCUAUAGGAGGGAUACCAGAAUUGCAUGCAAUAUUCCAAAAAUGGCCUAACCCCAAUGUCACGUACAGCCGCAGCAUGACCUCCCAAUUCCUAUACUCAUUGCACUGACCAAUAAAAGCCACCUUCGUUAUCAUAUCUUAGACUCUGCUUUCAACGAACAAUGAACCUGUACUCCAUGGUCUCUUUGUUCAGCAACACUCCCUGGGACCUUACCAUUAAAUAUGAGUCCUACUCUGAUUUGCUCUUCCAAGAUGCAGUAUCUCACCUCAAUGUGUUAAUUAUCAGGUUAAGAAUGAACCAGCCUCAAGAUAUGAUUUGACCCUGUCCAACAUUCAAAUUGCUGUUGAUCCUUUCAGCCCUGCCACUUUCCUUCAGUCAUAUUAGCAUCCUUCCAAUUACAAAAUGAAGGAUCCAUGUCUGCGGGCAGAUCAUGCUGACGGCUGAAGUGGUUAAUUCCUGAGAAGCAGGUUGUGCCCCAAGUGCUGCACAUGAAGUUACUAGCUGGCCAAAGUGAGUUGUUGUUUCCAGUGUCAGUGCACCUCACCAAGCUGUUGUAGUCACUGAUCAUUGGUAGUACACACCAGCCCAAAGGCCAUGUUGUCAUUUUCCUCUGCUAGCAGCUACUGAUGCCCAGAAAUUCUCAUUAAUUUCUGAGACUUUAAUGUGAUACUUGCAAGUAUCCUUGAAAUGGAGCUUUAGGCAUCCUAUUGGUCUGGUUACCUGAUCAUGUGCACUGUUGUUGAAUAUAUUGACAUCUUCCAACCUGCAGUAAUAUGUGAGCGAAUGAAGCCCUCUGUUUGAUGAGCGUUAACAAAUUUUGGUGCCUUUUAGAGUAUUGCUAUAUUUGUGAAUUUUGUCUUGCUGGAAUAUAUGCUUCAUGUCCCUCAAACAGUGAAUAUGAAAAUUGUCGAGUUGCUUUUCGAGAUUACAUAUCCAAAGUAUUCCUUGUAUCACAGGCACAAUGGAAUGGAAUGGAAAUUUCAUUAAAGAGGCACAGAUUCCGUCCACAAAUCUUACAGUGUGCAAUUAACGCCUUCAGGAUACUGUGGUGGGCAGGUAGAAUUAGGAGUAAAGUCUGUAAUAAAUAAAAAAGCAAAAUUGUGGCACAGAGAUUAAAGGAUAAAUGAAUGGACAAAAUGACAAGCUGUAAUUUUAUAUCCCCUCAAAUAAUGCUUGUAAUAAAUAUGCAAUAAAUAUAUUAGAAAAAGGCAAUGAGAAUAUGGAGAGAGAAUUUUUAACAAAAAGUAUCCCAGCAGACUUUUUUUUAAAUUCUCUUGUUGGACAUGGCCAUUGCUGGCUGGCCAACAUUUAUUGCCCAUCCCUAACUACCCUUGAGAAGGAGGUAGUGAGUUGCCGCCUUGAGCCACGAUAGUCCACAUGCUGUAGGCAGACCCACAAUGCUACUGGGGAUGCAGUUCCAGGAUUUUGACCCAGUGAAAGUAAAGGAAUGGUGAUACAUUUCCAAGUCAGGAUGGAAAAUGGCUUGGAGGGCAACUUGCAGAUGCUGUUCCUAUACAUCAGCUGCCCUUGUCGAGAUGUAAGUGUUUGUUGGUUUGGAAGGUGCUGUAUACUUUGACAUGAUUGGAGAAUAUUUUACAAACUGAUUGGAGCACUGGUAGCACCUGGAAUAUGACAUUGCUUGAGUCCAAGAUCUAAGUGAUACCUGGGAAUGGAUUCCUGUUUAACAUCUCGUUGACUUGCUUUGUUGGUAAUGAACAUCUGCCCUACACAGAGACAUCACAAAAAACAGAACUCUAAGAUAUAAUCAAUAUCUCAACACCAAAGCAGUGCAACCAAAAUGAAGAAUUUCAGAUGUAGCUCCAACCAAUUUCUGUCUGACUUUAGACCUUCCAGAGGAACCAUGACCAAAUUCUUUCUUGCCAGACAAGUCCAGGAAAAAUGUUGAGA